AUGUUGGUGGAGUUACUGCAUCGUUUAAUGAAUUUGGUGUUACCACCAACCAGCUUCAUCACACUCUUAUUCUUUGUACCACCAUAUUACUUUUUCAAGUUACUUCUUUCUGCUAUCAAUUCUGUUUUCAGUGAAAACCUCUCUGGAAAAGUCGUCCUCAUCACAGGUGCUUCCUCGGGAAUUGGCGAGCAACUGGCGUAUCAGUAUGCGAGAAGAGGAGCAAACUUGGUUCUCGUUGCGAGGAGAAAGAAAGCUCUUGAAGAAGUUGCGGAUAAUGCCCAUUAUCAUGGUGCUCCUGACGUUCUUGCUAUUAAAGCAGAUGUCUCUAAGGUUGAUGAAUGCCGAAGAUUUAUUGAUGAAGCGGUGAAUCACUUUGGCAGGUUGGAUCAUUUGGUAAACAAUGCUGGCAUCAGUUCUGUCUGCAUGUUUGAAGAAUCUGGAGAUAUUGCUAAUUUUGCACCAAUAAUGGACAUUAACUUUUGGGGAGCAGUUUAUCCAACUUAUUUUGCGGUUCCUCAGCUUAGGAAGAGCAAUGGUAGGAUCGUUGUGACGGCUUCUGCCGCUGGAUGGUUACCUACUCCCAGAAUGAGCUACUACAAUGCAAGCAAAGCUGCACUCAUAAAUUUCUUUGAUGGCUUACGAACCGAAUUUGGCUCUGACAUCAAAAUCACAAUAGCAACUCCGGGGUAUAUAGAAUCAGAGUUGACCCAAGGCAAAUUCCUGAUGAAAGAUGGUAAUACGGAAGUGGAUCAAGAUAUGAGAGAUGUUCAAAUUGGUCCAGCACCGGUAUUACGAGCAGAACAGUGUGCAAGGGGAAUAGUCAAUAGCGCAUGUAGGGGUGAUAGAUAUGUUACGGAGCCUGCUUGGUUCAAGGCAGCAUAUCUGUGGAGAGUGUUUUGUCCCGAGCUGCUGGAAUGGAUGAUGAGAAUGCUACUAAUGACAGGAACUGGAUCUUCUGAGACUGAUGCACUGACCAAGAAGAUAUUAGACAUUACUGGAGCCAAGUACUUUUUUUAUCCAGAUUCCAUCCGCGCACAAUCCGAGCUCAAGACUGACUGA